CGCCAACCAGAAGGCUUCGGCUUUGUUCACUGGUCGCAGCAAUAAAUGUAAAUAGUAAAUCGGAAAGUUGAAGAUUAAUGUUUAUUAGUGAUAAGACAACAGAAAAAAAUCUUGCAAUAUUUAAUGUUUAACAAGGAUCAACUGGCAAUCCAUUGCGGAAUAUUCAUUUCGUUAUUUUGAUACAUCUUGACUAAGGAUUAAUUCAACCGCUGCCUAGCGUAACUAUGGAAUCGAAUACGGAAGGAAAUCUCCUAGAGAUUAUGGAUUUAGCACGUACACUACGCCAAGAGCAAUUAUUCAUACAACAAGAGCAGGCAACAUUUGUACAACUCACCGAAACGUUGUCAGAAAAUUCCGCAUCGAUAACAAAGUUGGCUUAUAUUUGUGCCCAACAAAGGCGAAAUCUUAAUGAUCUGAUUGUGUCACGUCCCGAAUUGGGUCCCUCAUUGUGUUGCCGUCGAGCCAAAAAUUAUGGAAAUUCGAAUUUUGUCGAUUCCAAGAAGGUGUUAAAUUACGAGCAUGCCAUUGCUUAUGAGGAACUCUUCAAUUAUCUCUACAAAUCUCCAUACAUUUUGGCCGUAUCACUUGCUACCGGCGAUAGCAUUUCAGAAAUCUCACCCGCCCAUAUGAACUCUGUCAUACAGACUAUUAGUACUGGAUUAUUUGGCAAUGCCAUCAACAGCAAGGAUGUGGAGAUGAUUUUGAAACUGUUGAGAGAACUCAUUGAAAUACAAAUUGUUACCAGUGAUAAUCCACGAAGAUUGCUUCGAGCCAAUGCUUCAUCUUUUUCUCGUAUUUAUCAUCGCUUAAAUGAGUCGAUGUUUUCAGCGAAAAUUUUUUUGACGGCGGCAUUAUUUCAGCCCAUAAUGAGUGUGUUGACGGAAACGGAUACCAUACUAGAUGUGGAUCCACAAAAAGUAAUACAACGUUUUAGUACUAAGGAGAGAAUAAGAAGAUUUGGUCCCGAAGACUCAGCUGCAUAUGCCGACAAUGUGGAUAAAUUUCAUGCCGAGACCAUUGGGAAAUUACACAGCUUGGCGAAAACCUUCAUCGAUAGUUUACUGUGCAAUUGGUCACUAUUCCCGUCCACACUGCGUUGGCUAGUGCAAACGAUGUGCCAUCAACUCAAACAAUCUCAUAAUUUUUCCGAGAGAAUCAUGAAUGAAAUCAUCACCGAUAUGGUAUUCACACAUUUCAUAUGUCCCGCCAUAGUGAGUCCCGACGCGCUGGGCAUCAUAGAUGCCCCCAUUUCGGAGCAAGUGCGUUUCAAUCUCAUGCAAAUUGGCCAAAUUGUUCAAAUGCUCGCGUUGAUCAAACAUGAUGACAUCGAUCCCCGCUAUGCUGAGGUCUAUCGCAAGUUUGAAUCGAACACGGUAACGCGUUUGAUCGAUUUGUUGUUGGUCACGCAAACAGGGGAAGAUGUGGUAGCGAUUUUGGCCCAACAAAGUGAUUUUGAUCGAGCACAGCUGAUGGCCACCCAAAGAGAAUUGAGCUAUUUCGCUGAAUUCUUUCGCAUUUUAACCGCUGCCGAGGAGUAUGCCAUACCCGAGGAGGACAAAGAGAAAUUGAAGAAAAUUAUGAAAAAUUUGCCUGAGAGUCAAGGGCAUCGUCAUCAGAAUGGAGAAGCACAGCAAGCUGGUGCAGCUACAGAAUCUCCAUUUAAAGAAAAAUCCAAGCCAUCCCUUAUAAGCAAGGCCACCAAAACCAAAUUGGCCAAAACCAUGAGUUUUGCUCACAAUGGUGGUAGUAGUCAUAAUGCUGAAGCGGUGAAUGGCUUGUUGAAUGGGAACCAUGUGCCAAAAAGCAAUGGAUUGGAAGCAAAUAGAUCCAAUCAUAAUUCUAAUCACUCCUCACCCACUAGAUCUGUGGCCCCAGAGAUUGUUGACAACGAACCCAUUUUGAUAUUUACCCUCUACAAUAGGAGUGAUCAAAAAUUACAACCCCUUUCCGAGGAGGAAGUGCUGAAGAUGAACAGCAUAGGACAGGACAUAAACAACAGCGACUUGGUGGACACCGAAAACUAUCAACAGGAGUCUACAGUCGAUAAAUCAUCGGUGGUCAAUGGUUUUGAUGGCAUCGAUGGCAUGUCAGAUGUUCUACGUCCCUUACACAAUAAAACUGCCAGGUUUUCGCUUUCGCACGAUGAUGCCUCCAUAGUGAACUCUGAUAAUCUGGAGGCAGUAAGUGAGGUACCCUCCAACCAUUCGGUAACAAGUUCUUUGGAACUCGAAGAGAAUGUGGAGAAUGAUAAUCUAUCUGAUAUGGUGUCGGCCAAUGUGUCGGGUCGAGGCACUCCCAAUAUAAGUGGGCGUGAUACACCCUCGUCCCAAGUCACCGAUGGAGAAUCGCUCAAUAAUGCGUUGCCCACACCCCAAAUGCAAAAGUUAAUAUCGAAAGCCCGCUCCGACAUAGAGGAUAAGUUUUGUAAAUUUGAGAUUAAGAAAUUCGAGGGAGACGAAACUGUUUCGAUUAUAUCAGACACCUGGUCAACGGAUGUGCUGGCCAGUGACUCCGAAACGGUUGAUGCUGUUGAACGAGAAAGGGAGCGAAACUUUUCUACACCGCUGAUACCCGCGGCUGUCAUACUGCCGGGAGACAAUAAUUUUGAUGUACGGGCAGGCUAUUUGGAUGCUUCGGAUCAACGUUCAGAGUCCAACUGGAGCACUGAUGUCUUGGCUUCGGAUUCUGAGAAGCUUAACGAAGUGGAUACCGAUGACAAUAUAAGCAUUACUGCAAGAUCAGAUACGCAGGUUAGUGUGCGCUCGGAAAGAGAGCGAGAUCAAUUGGCAGCUGCCAUAUCGUCGGGUCCCAUGAAUCGUCAUGGUCGCUCUUCUAUACCAUCGCAAUUUCCUCCUACCGUUAGACGCAAUGUGCGAGCGUUUAGGCCUUUGGCUGCCAGCCAUGGAAUAGGGCCUGCUAAACCACCCUCUACAGGCAGUGUGGACGAUGUCAAUGUUAGCGGCGGCAGCAGUGGGGGUAAUGCAAGUGAUCGUUCCCAAGAAGAUUCAGCAUUUUACGAUGCCAUCAAUUCUUAUGAUGACAAUUCCAAUCAAAUGGCCAACAACCCUAAUCUUCAUCAUUAUAGGGAUGGCUCUUCGCUGGCUAGAAGUUCGGUGAGAACCACAAACCAUAUGGGAGCAGCGGAAGACAGUUUUCAACAGAAUUACAAGAGCAUAGCUAAUGAGGGAGACAAAGACACCUUUCUGUCGCCAAGCACUUCCUCCGCAGCCGCAGCUCAUAUGCAUCGCAAUCGCAUGAGAAGACAAACAUCUGCUGAGAGUAGCAUUUCGAAUCAAAGUCUAAGUUUGGAGGAGCAGGCAACGGGGGCAGCAAAGUUGCCACAAGCCCCAGCAAUGUCAUCAUCGUCCUCGCGUAAAAAACGCCACCAAAGCAAUAUCAGCAAUGAGUCAAAGGAUUUAAUAGACUUUUCCGAUUUCGUCGAUGAUAAGGAUUUAACACCGCCUUCGAUGGCACCGCCAGAUCCUCCCCUUCUAGAGGGACUACCGGAUGAUGGCUUAGUGGAAAGACGCAACACCAGCACCUUGCAAAGAAAUGCCGGAGACGAUGGCAGACGCAAUGGCAUUAUGGCUUUGAAGGGUGGCCGCGAAUCCAGUGAGCGCGGCUCCAAUUCAACUCCCUACCUUCGACGACAUCAAUCGUUAAAUUAUGAAAAUCAUGAGAUUGUUUUGAACACCGUACCCAGUCGUGUUUCAGCCAUGCCAAAUCUAUCACCACCAUCCGAUGAAAAGCCGUCGUCACAGCAACAAGAACAACGCCAUGCGUAUGAGUUGCUAUUGCUCUGCGGCAAAACUUCAGAAAUGAAUCUACAAGACAACGACUUAACGGAUAAUGUAAAUGAGGCCGCCCGUAAUACUCCCACAAAUAUUGUGGUGUCUUCUAGCAGCAUAAUGAUGCCAUCAACCAGUUCCAGCAAACCGAACAAGUCGACGGGCGCCAUACCCAAAAGCAUAAGUUUCGAUGCUUCGGCUGAUAAGACACAUGGUCCUUCGACUUCGUCCGCCUCAACGUCUGCAAGACAACAAAGAUCGGCGAUAGGACGCCUGCCAGAUGCCACCUCCCUACGAACCAUUGGUACUCCUAAUAUAAACUCAAAUUCAAGCAUUUUCAAUAAACUCAAGCAAGGCAUUUUUAAGCAUCGACGUGGUCACAAGUCACGUCAUCUCACAUCGAACAGCGAAGAUAUAUCCCAGUGUUCACGUAGUGUCUCAUUCUCCAAUAACACAUCAGAGGUUUCAUUGGAUCUCUUGGGUGCCAAUUUACCAGGAACCAGUAGUUCGGCGGCACAAGGUAGUGGUGUGGGCUACUAUGAUAUUUCAGAGGAUAUUUUAGCCAAAUACCGAAGGAAAGUCAGUACAUCCAGUGAGGCAACUAAUUCAUCAAUCGGCAAUGGUAUAGCAGGAGCCAUGGGCGGUGGCAUAGCCAAUGAUGUCCUGGGCAAAGAAGAUAUGAGUAAUAAUCAACAUCCCUCCAUGCAUGACAAAACUUUGACAUUCAAUAUUAUAAAGAAAAAGAUACGAACUGUACUCUCUAAGACUGAUUUGCAUUCAGGCGAUUUUAGACACACCACUCAUGCCAACAUUUCUCCACUCCUUACAUAUCUACAGAUACAAUUGGCCCAGGCAAUUAAUCUUCAAAAUUUCCAACAAAUUUCUUAUGUUUCUGAGGCCAUACGUUGUAUUUCGACACUCGAUGUGGCACAGCACACUCAAAUCAUGGCCGAGCUACAAAAUGAUAUGCAGAAAAGGCAAAACUAUUUGCAGUAUUUAAUGCGUUAUCGACAAAAUCUAUUGAUGGUUAUGGAAAAUAUCGAACAAUUCGAAUCGAGACUGCAUAGUGAGAGUUUAACCUGCAACCGCUACUUAAUGGCAGUUUGCAUGCGAAUAUUCUUUGAUAAAAGACAGGAUCGAUUAAGCACGUUUCAGGAAGAUUUUGCCCGUCUUACAGUGUCCGAUGAUAAGGUGGAUUUAAUUGAGGAAUUCCUCGAUAGCCUUAUUGAAGAGCUGGUGGCCCCAGGGGGUAUACUAUAUGGUAUGCCCGAGUGGCAAGUCAUAGAGUCACGUUUAUCGCUGGAGCGCAUACUACUGCAAAAUAUGUAUCAACAAGUUAUGUUUCCCAAUGAAGAUGCAGAUCUGUCGAGAGAUAGUGUUCUAUCUGAGCAUAUACGCAAGCUACAAAAUGUUAUAACACCAUCGCAUCCGGCUCUACGCAUACCACAAAUGUAUUUAUCUGAAGCCCCUUGGAGUUUUGCCCAACAACAGUUGAAAUUUAUAUCGGCUUAUAAAACUCCCCGAGAAAAACUGCAAUGUGUUGAAAGAUGUAUAUCGAGUAUCAUAAAUUUGCUGCAUAUGUCAAGCGCUAGAGUACCAGCAACCGAUGACCUUUUGCCUGUGCUCAUUUACGUUGUAAUUAUGGCUAAUCCUCCUUAUUUGUUAUCGACUGUCGAAUAUAUCAGUUGUUUUAUUGGCAGCAAACUAGAUGGUGAGGAGCAUUUCCAUUGGACACUAUUCGAUUCAGUGGUGAAAUUCAUUAAGACCAUGGAUUAUUCUGAGCAUUAAAUGAAGUAGUUAUGUGUCCAGUCGAACGUGUUUCAUUUUUUCCAAAUAGUUGCAUAUUGUUUGAACAUUUUUUUCUUAUUUUAUUUAAACACUAACAGCCGUAUUCACAAGACUUAAUUAAGCCUUAAAAUAGGGUUUUUCAACUGUUCUAUAAAGAAAAACUCAAAUAAACCUAUUUCAAAUCUGCAUGAAGUUUUGUGCAUACCGCUGUCAGAACAAAAAACAAAAA